UGUAUGAUUAGGAAAAUCUAGAAGCAGCCAAUCCUGAUUUAAUUAGCAACUAUGUUAAAGAAAAACAAAACCGCAAAGAACUAUAUAAAUGGAGUGUCUUAACAUGCUCUGUAAAAAGAAAAUCAGGAAUAGCUGGUGUUAGAGAGGAUCAUUUGCCUUUUUAAUGUGUGAAAGCAGCUGCGUAUGGAGAGUGUUGAAAAGUGUAGCUCUGUGGGUGUGAGCCGUUUUUGAAUACUGUAUAUAUAGUCAAAAGGUACAGUAAAGAUGUUUAUUUUUGUAUAUCUGUUAUUUUUUAUGGUCAGUAAAUUAUUUUUUUCUAUAAAAAGCCCUGUUAAAAUCUGAAAACCGCAAUUAAACACACAAAUUGUUAGGCAUGGGGCACUGCUAGAGUUGUUGUGUUUGACAUUGUACAUAGCUGAGUUCCCCGCACUGACCCAUAUAUUGUGUCCUUCUGAAUUUUGGUGUUUUACCUGUCUGUUUUUGCAGAAGAAGAAACCCGAGUUGCUACCUGCAAUUCCAUUUUGCUGGAAAUACCUUCCCAUUGGGUGGACGCCCUCGUUACUCUCAGAAGGACCUUGCUCACCUUCGCUGGACUUCAACCCUACUUUGAAAAUUCAUACAGAGAGAAAGUGAGAACAGAGCAAAGAUCCUUCUGUUUUCGCUGGGUGCCGUGCUGGAUCGCGGAUGGAGGAUGGAAGAACAGGACUUUGCCAGCCCUGAUCCGGGAUUAAUCUGCCCUGCCACCCAGUCUGGGAACAUAGGGGAAUUCCAGGAAAGGAGCCUGCAGAAGAUGCCGGACCAAAAAGCCCCUGGUUUGGAUGUACGUUGCUGGAGGUUCAGGCAUUUCUGCUACCUAGAAGCUGAGGGACCAAGAAAGGUCUGCAGCCGGCUCCGCCACCUUUGCCAUCAGUGGCUGAAGCCGGAGAGGCACAACAAGACCCAGAUCUUGGACCUGGUGAUCCUGGAGCAGUUCCUGGCUGUCCUUCCCCUGGAGAUGGAGAACUGGGUCAGAGAUUGUGGGCCGGAGACCAGUGCUGAGGCAGUGGCCCUGGCGGAAGGUUUUCUCCAGGGCCAGGCAGAGGACAGCAGGCAGGAAGAGGAAGAGGUGUCGGGGCGGCUCCUGGAGGCGGCAGUGACUUUCCCCAGGAAAGGGCAACCUUCAUUCCGGAAUUCCCAGCGGCAGCUCGAUGGGGAGUUUUAUCCAGAGAAGAAAGAGGAAACCAGUGUGAUAGGUAAGGUUUUUCCUUGAACUCUUUGGGUUUGUAUUAUUUUGCUGAGCUUUUAUCUUUUAUCAUCAACUGGUUGCUACACAUAGGAAGCUGCCUUAUAUCUUUUGCAUGCAAAGCAGACUCUCUACCCCUGAGCUU